AUGAACAAUCUAAUUAUUUAUCAUUUCUUAUUUAUUCUUUUAACAAUAGUUAAUUGUGGAAAAUUUUCUACAAUUAAAACACCGAUUACAAAUUUACAAAAAACUAAAUUUAAAUAUUGGUUAAAUCUUAUUAUUGGAAUAUUAUUAUUAUUUUUAAUUAUUCUUAUUUUAAUUCUAUUCUAUAUAUUUUAUAUUCGUCAACGAAUAAAGAAAAGUAAAAAUAAUAAUAAAAAUGAAAGAGUGAAACGACAAAAUAAUGAAUAUGAUAUACCAAUUAUAUCAUAUAAUAUCAAUGAAUUAGAUACAAUACAAACAGUUGGAACACCAAGUGAAUUUAUAGAUCAUUAUUCUGAAACAGAAGUAAAAACAAUUAUUUAA